AUGCUCAGAUUCAAGCAAGAGGACGACCUGGGCAGCGCGACGCAGCUCAAGUCGUCGGUUGGCCGCGCCAUCCAGCGCAAGCUCGAGGAUCAGAUGCCCAACAUCACCCCCUUGCUUCCCGUCCUCUUUCCCAAGAAGUCGCCCAUCUACCAGCUCAAGACGCGCGACCGUUCUUCAUUCGUGGCCUGCAACGGCCAAGUCCUCUUCUUUCAACACCGCGAUGGUCCAUUCUAUCCUACCAUCAAACUCCUUCACCAAUACCCCAACCUGCUGCCCCGCUUCCAGGUGGACCGCGGUGCCAUCAAGUUUGUCCUCUCUGGCGCUGACAUCAUGUGCCCUGGUCUGACCUCCCCCGGAGCCAAGAUGGAGGCUGACGUUGAUGUCGGCACCCCCGUCGCCAUUUUUGCCGAGGGCAAGGAGCAUGCCCUUGCUUUGGGUGAGACGGUCAUGUCCACCGAGGACAUUCGCAAGAUCAACAAAGAUGUUGGAGUCAAGAGCAUCAGCUACCUGGACGACGGUCUUUGGCACUUGGACCCCCGCGGCCUCAACAUCAACUGA